AUGAAGCCAUCAGGAGUUCUUGGUGCUGUCGCACUCCCGCUCUGCCGCGCCCUCAGUCUGGGCGGCCGUCCGUACCAAUUCAUCCACGAGGCAGAUGGGCGUUCUGGCGCUCUCCAGGAUUUUGUUACCUGGGAUGAGCACUCGCUCCUUAUUCGCGGCGAACGCGCCGUCAUGUUCUCGGGCGAGUUCCAUCCGUUCCGCCUCCCCGUGCCGUCGCUGUACUUGGAUGUUUUCGAGAAGAUCAAGGCGCUCGGCUUCAACAUGGUUUCGUUCUAUGUUGACUGGGCGCUGCUGGAGGGGAAAAAGGGCGAGUUUCGCGCAGACGGGAUAUUCGCUCUGGAGCCCUUCUUUGAGGCGGCCACCGAGGCGGGCAUCUAUCUGCUCGCGAGGCCCGGUCCGUAUAUCAACGCAGAGGUUAGCGGCGGUGGUUUUCCGGGAUAUUUGCAGCAGGUAAAGGGGACUCUGAGGUCGCAGGCGCCGGACUACUUGAAUUCGACGGACAACUACAUGGCCCAUGUGUGUGGUAUAAUCGCCAAGUACCAAAUCACAAACGGCGGACCAGUCGUCCUCUUCCAGCCCGAGAACGAGUAUUCCUCAGGACACAACAUCCCCUUCCCCAACGGGCAGUACAUGCAAUAUGUCAUCGACCAGGCGCGAAGCGCAGGCAUCUCGGUGCCCAUGGUCAACAACGACGUUGGGCCGGCGGGAAAUUAUGCUCCUGGCAAGGGCGUCGGAAGUGUGGACAUUUAUGGACACGACAGCUACCCCCUGGGCUUCGAUUGCGGCAAUCCUACCGUCUGGCCACCGGAUGGUCUUCCGACAACCUUUCACCGGCUCCAUGAGAAGCAGAGCCCCAAGACUCCGUACUCCGUCAUCGAGUUUCAAGGAGGCGCGUUUGAUCCCUGGGGCGGCUGGGGAUUCGAAAAGUGCGCGGCCCUCGUGAACCACGAAUUCGCGCGUGUCUUCUACAAGAACAACUUGGCGGCCGGCGUGACCAUUUUCAACAUUUACAUGAUCUACGGCGGAACAAACUGGGGCAAUCUCGGCCACCCAGGCGGCUACACGUCCUACGAUUAUGGCGCAUGCAUUCGAGAAAAUAGAGUCAUAGACCGUGAGAAAUACUCCGAAGUGAAGCUCGAAGCCCAGUUCAUCAGAGUAUCGCCCGGCUACAUCACCGCCGCCGUUGGGCCGGCCUCGACGACGGCAUAUUCCAACAACCCGGGCAUCACCGUCACGCCCUUGACAUCCAACAAGACGGGCAAUUUCUUCGUCGCCCGCCAGACCGACUACGCCGCCACGGGGAGCGUCUCCUACACCCUCGCCCUGCCUACUUCCGACGGAACCAUCAUUGUCCCUCAGCGCGGAGGGAGCCUGUCCCUGCACGGGCGGGAUUCCAAGGUGCAUCUGACGGAUUAUCCGGUGGGCGACUACACGCUGCUGUACACCACGGCCGAGGUAUUCACCUGGAACAGGUACGCCGACAAGAAGGUCCUGGUCUUGUACGGUGGCCCCGACGAGCUACACGAGUUUGCGGUGAAGGCCCCUUCUGCAGCUCAAGUCAUGCACGUCGAGGGGAGCAGCAUCUCGCCCCACGAGCAGGCUCUGUCGACAGUUGUGCAGUGGAAGACGUCGUCAGAGAGGCAAUACAUUCAGGUUGACAACCUGGCCAUCUACCUCGUCGAUCGCAACGCGGCAUACAACCUUUGGGUGCCCGUCCUCCCGGGCGCCAACUCGUCCCGAUACGGCACAUCGCUCAUGAACCCAGACGCAGCCAUCGUCAACGGCGGCUACCUCGUCCGCUCGGCCUCCGUCAGCGGCAGCACGCUCUCGCUCCGCGCCGACUUCAACGCCUCGACGGCCCUCGAGGUCAUCGGCAUCCCCGACGGCGUCACCGCGCUGUCCGUCAACGGCAAGCCGCUCAAACACACCACCUCCUCAACAGGAAGCUGGCUCGCCCAGCCGGCCAUCACCAUCCCGACCCUCCAGCUCCCGUCCCUCCCGGACCUGACCUGGUACGCCGUCGACUCCCUGCCCGAGAUACACCCUCAGUACGACGACUCUUGCUGGCGCACCGCCUCCCAAAGCCCGAGCCCGAGCCCCAGACCCGGAGCGCACCACGAAAGCCUCGAUGCGACCGCCCUCGCGGACCCGUCCCGCGUGUCCCUCCACGGCUCAGAUUACGGCUUCAACACGGGCACUCUCCUCUUCAGAGGGCACUUCACCGCCUCGGGGCACGAAUCGUCCUUCGGAGCAUGGACGUCCGGCGGCACGGCAUACGCCAGCGCCGCCUGGCUCGACGACCGCUUCCUCGGGUCCUUCAAGGGCAGCGACGCGGUCGAGAGCCAAAACUCGACCUACGCCCUCCCCCGCCUGACCGCCGGCGAGGCGUACACCGUGACCGUCAUCGUCGACACCAUGGGCCUCAACGAGAACCUGAACCCGGGCCACGAAGACAUGAAGGUCCCGCGGGGCAUCUUCUCCCACGCGCUGCUGUCCCGCCCAGGCGCGCCCGCAACAAACAUGACGACGUGGAAACUCACCGGCAACCUCGGCGGCCAAGACCACGCAGACAAGUUCCGCGGGCCCCUCAACGAAGGGGGCCUCUUCUUCGAGCGCCAGGGGUACCACCAGCCCUGGCCGCCCCUGGACGCGUUCACCCGCGGCCCUUCUCCCUACGAGGGCCUCGACCGCGCCGGCGUCGCCUUUUACGCCGCCCGGAUGCCGCUGGACCUCCCUGCGCACGAGUACGACAUUCCGCUGUCGUUUGUCUUUGCCAACGACACCCGGCGGCGGCGGCGGCAGGGGGGCGACUACAGGGCCCUCCUGUACGUCAACGGCUUCCAGUUCGGCAAGUACCUCAGCAGCAUCGGCCCGCAGACCGAGUUCCCCGUGCCCGAGGGCGUCCUCGACUACAACGGCGACAACUGGAUCGGCCUCGCCGUGUGGGCACUGGACGCCGCCGGCGCAAGAGUGCCCGGCUUCACGCUCACGUCCGGCACGCCCGUCCAGUCUUCGCGCAACAAGGUCCGUCUCGUCGCGGGGCCUUCUUACUCCAGGCGCAAGGGGGCAUACUAG